UUCCAUCCUCCCAUUAGGCAAAAGAAGUAAGAACAACAAAAAAGUUGCGAAGAUAAACCAGCGUUUCUGCAAAGCACUUGUGAUUUCAGAAUGAGGUGCAUCCAACUUCACCCUGCUGCAUUGCUUCCCAUGCAAACACAGCUCAAGCACAGACAGCAGCUGCUGGGGAGUAGUUGUAAAGUGCUUUUGAUUUCCACCAUUGAAGCUACUAAUUAUAAACUUGCUGCACAGAGGCAGCAGCACUUUCCUUCUCUGAGGACCAAGGCCAUGCACAAUGAUAUUGCUCUUGCUGUCACUUCCCCUGCCAAGUCUGGAGACAUUUCAGUCCUCCUUCAAACUGGUGGGGUACUUUUUGUUGCUUACUUGUUCUCAAAUUUCGUUGUGCCAAUUCUCAUUACGAAAUAUUUCGGAUUCGAUAAGGUGGGUGAAGAAGAAGAAGAUGAAGACGACCUAUUUAAGAUGUGAAAAGGGGUUUCAUGAGCACUGAGUCUGGAAACAAGAUGAACAUGUUAGCAGAAUAUGUCAAGAGGUUCUUACUUUUAAAGUUGGUUUUGAGGUGGAAUGGACAGUUUACAAAUGUGAUUCUUGAUGAGCUAAUUUAAAACAGUAAAUGGGAUCCUUUUUUAUGUUGUUCUUGGGUCCAGUUUUGACACCCAAAAUUUGUAAGUUUAAUCUUAAUACUAAUCUUGGCCAAAGACCCGGUGAUUUUAAAGCAUAGAACGUGAUGUUUGGAC